AAAGGGGCUGGUGCCGUGCCACUGUGUCCUGGUAUUUUCCUUUAAAGAUGUCUGUCUGAUGGACAGUCCAGGGGAAUGUUUAUUUUCUAAUUCCACACACUGACAAGCGAAGCGUCACAGUCGUAGAAACUGAUGUGAAGUGCAUCAAUUAUUCAGAGUGGGAUACUAUGCAGUAGGAAAAGGACGAGGAGUUUCCCGUGAGAAGUUACGGCGGAUGCCACGUGCAGCUCCGUGCCUGGAGACGGGCAGGUUAAGACUACCGUUUGCUCCCCUCGUGAGUGAUGAACCCUUUCUGGAGCAUGUCCGCAAACACCAGCCGUAAGAGGCCAGACGCUGAGGAUAGAGGGGGACAGGGUUCGCCCAGGCUGGGCUCCCCUCGGGCCUACGGCAGGAAGCAGCUUCCCUGCAUCCCGAAAAACGCAGUCCCCGUCACGAAGCCCCUCUCGCCCGCUGUGUCCGCGCCGCCCGCCAACGGGACCCACGCGGCGUACGGGCCGUUCUACCUGGAGUACUCGCUGCUGGCGGAGUUCACGUUGGUGGUCAAGCAGAAACUACCUGGAAUUUAUAUACAGCCUUCCUACCGAUCAGCAUUGACGUGGUUUGGGGUUAUAUUUAUAAGACAUGGUUUGUAUCAGGACGGGGUCUUCAGGUUCACCGUCCACAUCCCAGAUAACUAUCCCGAUGGAGAUUGCCCAAGGGUGGUGUUUGAUAUUCCGAUCUUUCAUCCCUUAGUGGAUCCAGUGUCAGGAGAGCUGGAUGUCAAGAGAGCGUUCACGAAGUGGAGACGGAACCACAACCACAUCUGGCAGGUGCUGAUGUACGCGCGCGCCGUCUUCUACAAGAUCCACACCGUGGAGCCGCUCAACCCCGAGGCGGCCGUCCUGUACGAAAAAGAUGUUCACCUGUUCAAAAGCAAGGUGGUAGACAGUGUGAAACUAUGCAACAGCCAUCUCUUUGACCAGCCUAAGAUGGAUGAUCCGUAUGCAAUAAGCUUCUCUCCGUGGAACCCAGCUGUUCAUGAUGAAGCAAAGCAGAAGAUGUUCACACACAAAAGACGGCCUGAGGAUCAACACAAGGGGCUGCAGGUGCCAGGACUGUCGUGGGUGAAGCCGGGUUCCGCACAGCCAUUCAGCAAAGAGGACAACCCUCUCCAGGCAUAAGCCUGCACUUUUAUAUAUUUACCACUAGAGGGCACCGCCAACACGAGACGUACUCCACUUGAUAACCGAUGCAUCUUUACAGAACUUCCGUGUGAAUAGGUUCUAUGAACUUCAUUUUAGUUCACUUCACUUUUUCUGGCCUUGAAAUUAAUUGCUUCCUGUAUGGAAAUAAGAGAUAGAACCAGGUUCCCCUUUUCUGUGAAAUGGAAAUGGAUUGUGGUGAAUAUUUGCUUGUGGCCUCAGGAUUUAGGAACGUCAGUUUUUGAGAUUUUUGUUGCAUAACUUGAACCUAUGAAAAUUGCUACAGACAUUUCAACAUUUUUUAAAUUUAAUUAUGUAGUUUGUGAUUUAAAAAUAUUAAAACGUUCUUUUAAAUUAGAAUUUUUCUUAAUCGGUAUGUUUGUUAAAUACAUACAGAUACUGUAUGUUAAAUGUCUUAAAUUAUUUCAGUAGAUAUGGACAUGGAACAUAUGGCUUGAAUAUGCAUAAGUUGAUGGUUAUAUAGGCAUUUGUGUGUCUUUUAAAAUUAAUUUUGUGUGUGUGUGUGUGUGUGUGAUUUAUCCUUUGUGAAACUGAGGUUUCAGAUGUAUAACUGUAAUGGAUUUGUGAGAAUGGUUGGCCUACCAGCCCUAUCUGACAGGAUAUCAUUUUGCUGUAAACUGCGUAUUGGGCUCUGGUUAUCUGUAGCUGGGAAUGUUUGAUAAGUAUUAAUUUUGAAGUUUCCAGUUUCACAGUAUCCAGAACAUUAUUCAACCAAAUUAUUACUGCAAAUUUAGUUCACUUUACUUUUUCCCCUUGAUGAAAAGACCUCGGACAUAUCUGAGAUGCUGUUGUGUACAGGUGGUGUGUUUUUAACAAGAAAGCUAUACUUUAGAUGAUAAUAAACAUAUCAGGUUGACAAAAUGGUAUAUUCUGGAAAUUUUAUGUGUGUAUGUGUGAAAUGGACACGUGACAUUAAUAUUGAGAUUCAGGAAAUAUUAAUAUUUAUAUUUCCUGAAUCUCAAUAAAAACAUACACCUACAUGAAUCAUUACCAGCGUUUUUUUUUCUCUUUCUCUCAGCACAAAAUGCAGUUAAUGGAAAUUACAUUAACCUGUGGAGUGAGCAUCAGUACAGGGAUUACAACCAGGAAGAACUACCUCACAGGGUAAAAACAGCCAGUUUCCCUGGAGUUGGCACGUACAGUUAGAAGAUCUGACACAUGGUGGAGUCCAGACCUGGGUCAAAAUGCGUGUUUGUUUUGGAUUAAAAUACUUUUCUAUGAUUUACUGAACUUGUCUAGUGUAUUGGAACCAAUGAAAAAAAAAAGUGCAAACCCUGCCUUCUGGUCAUAUAGACAGGCUCCAUUAGACCAGGCAAGAUCAACAGAGCACAGAAAAGUAUUUGAAUCCAAGUUCGUCACCUGUAGGAUUAACAAGAAGGGGAUGACUUUUUCUGAGCUGAAGUACAAGAGUCACAAGUGUUUUGACAGAGAAGGGGUUGAAGAUGAAAAGAUGUAAUAGGCCAAUGGUUCCAAAUGAAGGACUGUGUUUAAGAUACCUGCUGUAAAGUAACACAAACUAUUAUUAAAACCUAUAUUGCCAAGGCCUGA